CUUCAUCUUGUGAUUUCGUUGUCGGAAAACUUCGUAUUAGAAAACUUAUUUCUAAAAGACUUAUUAUAGAUUAAGAGCUAGAUUGAUAUUCAACUGAUUUGAACAGUUUUCCGCGAGGUGGGACAAAGUCAGCCCGUGGUAGACAAAGUCACCCCGGUCGAUGCGGGUAUAUGACUGGUAAAGCCAAUAAUGUAGCUCUUAAGUCUUUACUCAUCUUAUCGGGAAAUUUGAAUUUAAUUAUACUCUGUCUCGCAUCAUUAUUGGAAAGGCAAUUAUGACUUACAAAAACUUACAAACUAGGGAGGAAAAAUAUUUUGGAUUUGAAAUUGUAAUAAAAUAUGUUAAAGGGGAAGAAGCAACUGUAAGAUUGAGCAUUCUUUAUGGGAAAAAUUUCCACACGAAGAAAAAUGGGUUGUAUAUCCAGAAAUUUGCACCGCCUAUCUGUUUCUUGGACCUAACGCCAUUGCCCUUUUUUAAGCUUUGCAUAAAAAUGACUCGUGCAACAUUCUGUAAGAAGAAUAGAGUGCAAUUGUGCUUCAAUCUACAUGUGCAAAUGAUAUAUUUAUUCAACGAGGAAUUGUAUGCAAAAUGCAUGAACUUUACUACUACACCUAUUCGAAGAUUCAGGAAUAAGAUUACAAGAGUACCGACAUUAAAAAAAUUGACAGAAAAAGAGGACUGCUAUGCAGAAAAACGUGACAUACUUGUAGAAGAAGGAGUGCCACCUAUUCAAAAAAGUGAACCAAAAGAAUUAGUUAUACCAAUAGGUUGAUGGAUUUUUACAGAAAGUAUUGUAUUGAAUCUAUCUAUACCAGGCCUAAGGAGGUGUUAUGAGCAAUCAGAUUUGUUAUAUUUUUAUCAAUAGAAAACUUUCCUAUGAUAUAUGUAAAUGUAAUAUUAUUUUGUGGCAGUGAGAGAAUAAGAGGAGGAUCAAGAGGAUUCAACAUUCUGUUGUUUAUGUAGAAUAAUUAUGAAUCCAGUGGGAAAUCUAGUAAUAUAGAAAUAAGUUAAAACUGAUUGAUAAUCACUUCUUUUUGUCAAGUACCGUAGAGUAUUCUAUUCAAUAGAGCUCCUUAAUAUGUUGUUUCACUCAAUUACAAAAAAAUGUGGUCUAGUUCAUUUGUGAAUGAUACUAUACAGUAAACAUUACUUAAGCUGGUUUUACACCAAAAGUUUUAACAAAAUUAUAAUAACUUAAUCCUUAUAGAUUCUAUUAGAUUGAACAUAACUUAUCAUACACAUGAUGAACAUAUGUGUUUGUCAAGUUCCGUUCAAUCUAAUAGAAUCUAUAGGGAUUAAGUUAUUAACAUUUUGUUAAUAACUUUGGUGUAAACGCAGCUUAAGAUAUUUCAUUUUCCUAUCAGGGUGAAUAUAGAGCCUAUAUUUAUGAGCUAUAUUUCUUUAGAGUAGGUAGUCUCUAGUUCAAUUUAAUAUGGUCCAAGAUUGUCUAGUUUUCUGAUACUGGAUGAAAUAAGUUAAGCUGCGUUUACACCAAAGUUAUCAAGAAAAUGUUCAUUUUCUGUCCUUAUAUAUUAUAUUAGAUUCAAUGGAACUUGACAAACACAUACAUACAUCAUGUGUAUGCUGAGUUAUAUGUUCAAUCGAUUAGAAUCUAUGAAGGAAAAAUAAACAUUUUGGUGUAAAUGCAACACCAAAGUUAUUAACAAAAUGUUAAUAACUUAAUCCUUAUAGAUUCUAUUAGAUUGAACAUAACUUAUCAUUCACAUGAUGAACAUAUGUGUCUGUCAAUUUCUGUUCAAUCUAAUGAAAAAUAUAAGGAUUGGAUACGCUAUUAAAAUUUUGUUAAUAUCUUUGGUGUAAACGCAGCUUUAGUGAACUUGAAGUUUACAGCUUUUAAAUAGAUUGGAGUUUACUCAAUUCUUAUUUUAUUGAUGAUUUGCAGACUAUAACUUAUGUAAAAUCGUACUCUACUACGUGGAGCAAGUUCCAAGAUUCAUUGUCAACAAAUUUGUAUUUUUUAGUAAUUAGAUUCUUUGUUUGAAAAAUUCAAAGUUUUCAACUUGUUGAUUGAGUGAUCUCUAGCUAAAUUUGUACAAUCUCAUCUUGCGAUUGUUUGGCAGUUUUACAUGAUUUUUAAGUCAGGAAACAAGGACUUCUGAAAAAAUUAACCCAUUGAUCUGGUUUUGAAAGAAAGACACAGACUAUGAAUUAUAUGAUUCAUGGUAAUAAAUUAAAAAAAUAUAAGUUAUGAGGUGUUUCGGUGAUUAACCUGUACUGGACAGUUGGGCCAAAACUUGUGUUGGAUAAGACAUCAGUUUCCUUUUAUAUAAAUCAUGGGUAGCCCUGUAUAAAUUUAUCCUAACAUAACUAAUUCCAAUAUAAGAAGGGAAAAUAUAAUGACUUGAAAGCAUUUUGGCUAACUGAGAAAUAUGUAAUAGGCAACACUUCAAGCAUAUUACAGAGUUCAAACAUGACAAACAAUAAAACCUUAUAAUAAUAAUAAAGAAACACCAUACCAAAAAUCCAGAAUAUUAUUGUUAAUGCAUGAAAAAUCAUACAAUGUGCUCGGGAGGUUAGGUUGAAAGACAUUUUAUAAAUUAGAAAUUACAGAAAAAUUACCAAGAGAAAAACAAGAACUCAUAGCAUAUUUUGCUUUCACUAAGUUAAAAUCUACUACAAAAUUAAUAUAAGUUUCAAGAAGUUGGCAGAAAAAAAACUUUAAAAUAAAUUUAUCAAAGGACAUUGCAGAAAGCACAUUUCGAGAGACCAGCUCAUGGCAGAAGAGAGCAAGUGCAAAAGGAAACCGGAUAUGCAAAACAAUUAGUUUUGCAUUGCCAACUGCACCAAAUAAAACACAUAUUUUAGAGUUUAAUUAAUUUAGGUUAGUUCUAAGUCAUUGCUGUAUAUAAUUUUAAGAUUUGAUUUAUAUUUCUCAAAUGUAUUUUAAUAAUUUAUUAAACCAAAAUGGAUCUUUUCCAAAUAACUAAUGAAUGGAUAUCGAAUAUCGAUGUUUGAAGAAAAGAUCGAUGUUCGAUUAAAAUCGAUCUACAUUAACAGCGCCCAAUUUGAAAUUCAAAGUGUCAAAGUAUUGUAAUAUUACAGUUAACACUUCUAUUCGCCGUGGUGUAAUAAAAAUCUAUCAACAUUACCAGGUGUUUUGAAUUUUUAUUAACGAAAAUCCAAAUUAUAUGCUGAAAAUGUGUAAAUUUAUGUUAUGCUUUUGAAUUUUGCAAUUCUAAUAAAAUUAGGAUUCAUAGCUCAGCUGACUGCAAAAAACAACCAAUCGUUUUCAACUCUAUAAACACCGACUUCCCAACUUUUACAAUCAUCAAUUUUGCCUACAGUUUUAAAAAAUCUCAUAAAUAAUCCAAACCAUCAACGCUUCCAGGAAUAUUAAGAACUGAAACAGAUUUGUAUACCAGUACUACAACUUAGAUAAAGCGAUCGUUGCGAUUAUGUUGAUACCGGACAUUCACAAGCCAGCCCCUCCCUUCUCUGGGCCAGCAGUGGUUGAUGGACAGUUCAAAGAGGUUUCAUUGUCCAUGUUCCAAUCAAAGUACUUGGUGCUGCUAUUUUAUCCUCUGGACUUCACAUUUGUCUGUCCUACCGAGCUCUUCGCCUAUUCAGAUCGACUGAAUGAGUUCAGAGAGUGUGAGUGUGAGGUAGUAGCAGUUUCGACAGACAGUGAAUACUGCCACCUGGCCUGGGCCAAUGUACCCAAGGAGGAGGGAGGCUUGGCUGGCGUGAAGGUGCCUCUCCUCUCCGACAAGUCCACCAAGAUAUCGCGGGCUUACGGGGUUUUGGACGAGGAGACUGGAACUGCUUUCCGUGGUCUGUUCAUCAUUGAUGACCGAGGUCUUGUACGACAGGUGACUAUCAACGACUUACAAGUUGGCCGUUCGGUUGACGAGACCCUCCGGCUGGUGCAGGCGUUCCGACACGUGGACAAGUACGGCGAGGUGUGUCCGGCCGGAUGGCGUCCCGGCGCCCCCGCCAUCCCCAUAGACGAGCAGCGACGCUCGUCCGCCAAGAGCACGGAGGACGGCGUCGGCGAGGGCAUUGACGGAUCACUGCGACCUUCGUCAAGGUCGUCCAACAGUCAGCGGUCGUCUUCCAGAGCUUCACAGCUGUCUGGUGCUUCGUAGGUCAGCUGAUGAAGUUUCUGGAGUGAACUUGUUGCUGUUGUUGUAUAGAAUCAUUGAAUGCAUUCCUAUGACCAUUAGAAAUGGAACAUUCAUGGAAAAAUUCAAUAAACAUAUUCUGGUGUUCUUUGA